AUGUACAGUGCCAGCUCGCUAAUCCGAAGAAGAAGUAAAUCGUGGACAAUCAGGAAAAGUUUUAGCAAAGAAAUUUUGUGUAGAGCUUCAACAAUUUGCGACAUAAAAAGAAAUGCUGAAAAUAUUAAAAGAUUUGCUGAGAAUUCUGAUGCCAAACUUUUAAAACAGCGCAAGACACUCAAAUCGGGAGAGAAUGAAGAAUUCGAGAUUAAGUUGUAUGCUUGGUUUGAAGAGAAGCGGUCACGGCAUCAAACCAUUUCAGCAGAAAUUUUACGACAAAAAGCUAAAUCACUUCAUCAAAAAAGGUAUCCGAAUCAAUCAUUUCACGCUAGUGACGGAUGGUUGCAAAAUUUUAAGAAGCGAUUUUCUGUGCGAACUUUGAAAAUAUGCGGCGAAUCCUUAUCUGCUAGACCUGAUCUUGUACCUGAUUUUCAAAAUAAGCUCUAUGACAUUAUCGAGACUGAAAAUCUGAUUGACGACCAAACUUACAAUGCUGAUGAGUCUGGACUCUUUUGGAAAAUGUUUCCAGAAAAAACUUUAGUGCAUUGUAAAGAAAAGUCUGCUCCUGGUACCAAAAUGAGCCAAGAGAGAAUCACCUUAUUGUGCUGUGCUAACAAAUCUGGAACUCACAAGCUUAACAUUGCUGUGGUUGGGAAAUCAAAAAAUCCACGUUCGUUUAAAAAACAACAUAUUGCUUAAUAUUACGCAUCGAAAACUGCAUGGAUGACAACAUAUAUUUUUACUGAAUGGUUUUUUAAAUCGUUUAUACCACAGGUAAAGAACUAUCAAAUUGAAAAUAAUUUGCCCAAAAAAGCUUUAUUGUUACUGGAUAAUGCGAAGUGUCAUGGAGAGCCGCUGGUAUCUGAAUGUGGGCAAUAUAAAGCUAUGUUUUUACCCCCAAAUUGUACUAGUAUUAUUCAACCCAUGGAUCAGAACGCGAUACGCCUAACUAAGCUGUUUUACAAAAACGAUCUCUUGUGUGAACUGGUAAGCUCUGUAGCGGAUAAUUCAGACAUUUUUUUGAAACAAUUCAGUUUAAAGGACGCUUGUGAAUUGCUUAAACGAUCUUGGGACAGGGUGCCCAAUUCUUCUAUAAAGUCUUGUUGAAAGCAUAUUCAUUCUCAGAGGUGGGCUUCAGAUGAUAACUUCCCUCUAUCAUUGUUACAACAAGAGUUGCCAGAGAAUUAUCGUGUUGAAGAAACAUAAGAAUUUCGCACAAUAGCCAACUUAUUUCACCGCAACAAUGACGUGCAUAUUUCUGAAGAUGAAGUUCUUAGCUGGAUUAUGAACUCUGACAAUACCUACUUCGUGUAGUAGUUCAGAGUCAGACACAGAAAAUGUGGAACCAGAGCGUUUAAUUACGAAACACGUUAAAAAUCGUGAAGCUCUUCAGGCCUUAAAUAUUUCAAUAGAUUGGGCAAAGGAACGAGGUCUGCAAUCAGAUUACAUAUUAAUGCUAAAAGAAAUGCGGAACAAGGCUUUAGAAGCAUGUGCACUGAAAGACAAGCAAACCUA